GAAAGAGUCUUUGCCUUAAUAGCACUUAUAUGAUGCAUUAUGGCACUGUUAGUAUCGAAAUGAAGGCCUGUGGAGUUGGUGGUGUUAUUACAGCUUUAUGUACAAUGUCCAAAGGAGGAGAUGAAUUAGAUUGGGAAACAGUAGGAAAAGAUAUAACACACGCUCAAACUGACUUCUUCUACCGGGGUAUUCACCAAACUGGAAUUGAUUUUUUCACUCAUUCAAUUCCCGGUGGUGGAACUAUUGACUCUGAUUUUCAUACAUAUACAAUAGAAUGGGGUCCUGAAAAAACUAUAUGGUCAAUCGAUGGUUUUGUAGUUCGUACUUUGGAAAAAGAUUCAACCCUCGAAAAUGGUAUAUAUAAAUAUCCAAGUCAACCUUCACAUAUUCAAAUAAGUAUCUGGGAUGGUAGUGGUAGUAAUGGAACUUCUCAGUGGUCUAAUGGUCCUAUCGAUUGGAAUAAAAGCCCCGGAAUGUAUUCAUCUUAUAUAAAGAAAGUUAGCAUCACAUGCGAUCCUAAAUACAAUUAUGUUAUUCACUGA